AGCGGAUCCGCCCUCUCCCUCCCCUCCCUCCUCCCUCUUCUCCCCGCACCUUCACCCCGAUCCACCCACCCCAGCGCAUCCUGAAGCGGAGCCACCCACGCCAAGUGGAAACGCGGUCCGGAGACGUCCGUCAAGGUCCUGCGGGGGACACCCAGCCACCCACCCACGCGUGACAACCCACCCAUCCAUCCGAAAUGAGAAAGCAGCAACUUGAAACCAGACAGGAAGAGAACUGGGACCAGUAAAGGUGGUGGUGGAGGCAGGAAGGCAGCAACAGGACCUCCCCCAACCAACUGGGAAGAAAGUGGCAAUACCACAAAUCGACAGCUGGAAAUCAGAAAGUGGACAGGGAGCCCACCCCGGCGGCAAAGCUGGGGGUCCCCCACCCAGCCCAUGGAGCCGCCCGGGACUGGCGCGGGGGGUGCCGCCAUGCUCACGGUCAUGGAUCCCUCUGUCACACUGUGGCAGUUCCUGCUGCAGUUGCUGGAGCAGCAGAGCAAUGGGCAUCUCAUUGCAUGGACAUCCAAUGAUGGGGAGUUCAAGCUGGUUGAUGCUGAAGAGGUGGCCCGGCUUUGGGGGCUGCGAAAGAACAAGACCAACAUGAACUAUGACAAGCUGAGCCGGGCCCUGCGCUACUACUAUGACAAGAACAUCAUCCGUAAAGUCAGUGGGCAGAAAUUUGUCUAUAAGUUUGUCUCUUACCCGGAACUUUCCAGCAUGGAUGGCGUGAAGGAUGAAAGCGGAGCCAAAAGACCUGAUCAGGUCCAGAGUGAAGCCAAAGUGGGCGAUGGGGCAUUUGGAGCCCCCAAAGCCCCCCGUGGAGGUGGGAGUAUCCCACGCAGCAGUCGGAAUGAAUACAUGCGCUCCGGACUUUAUUCCACAUUCACCAUUCAGUCACUACAGGCUCCUUCGCCUGCUGGACGGGUCUCCCGCCUUGAGUCGGAGCUCUUGCCUGUGGUGCCCCCACCUGCUGCUGUUGCCCCUGAACCACUGUCCCCUUCCCUGGCCCCGGUGGAGGAUCUGCCCCAGUUGCACAUCAGCAUUGAGGAACCAGAGGAGUCCCCAGAGCCCCUGCAGGUCAUUGUGGAGCCUGCCCCACUGGAGACUCCACCACUUGAUGAAAAGGUGCUGGUGAAAAUGGAGGAGAACCUUGACCUUGAUGAAGAGGCAGCUGCUUUGUUGGUUUUGAUGGAUGCUGGAGUAAAGGAGGAGGCGCCCUCUUCAGAGAAGCCUUCCCUGGAGAAGGCGUCCCUGGAGGCCAAGCUGCCAGAAGGGGAUGCGCUGCUAAAAGAGGAAGCUGAGUCCCCGAGCCCAGCAGCCACAUCUCUUGAAGUGCAGCCCCAGAAGGGCAAGAAGCCCAAAGUUCUGGAGCUGCCUUCUCUGCCAACCCAGGAGAAAGUGAAUGCAGCAGUGAACAGCCUUCUGGCUCCAGGAGGGACAGGGAGCACCCUGACUCCAACCACGGUGAUUUCUUCCCAUGCACUGACCCCUGUUCUGCUCACCCCAAGCUCUCUGCCACCCACCAUCCAUUUCUGGAGCACCCUCAGUCCCAUCGCACCCCGCAGCCCAGCCAAGCUCUCCUUCCAGAAAAUCCAUUAAGGGAGAAAAGACCCUCAGAGGCCAGGCAAACGUGAAAACUGCUAAGCUAAGUAGCAUUAGCUUUGUGUGACCUUUAUUUCCUGAUGUUGUUGUGGUUGGCAUGUUCUUUCUUUCAAAGUUAUCCACUUUGCUUCCCUCAUUAAAACAGAAGUGGGUGCUGGUUCUUCAACCACAAAAACUGCCUCACAACUUUGCCCUGGUCUAGCCACGUGCUGUGGGGAAGGAAGAGCAACUUUUGCCAGCACUGGGAGGGUCAGCCUGAGCCUGGGUUUCCCCUGUAUAUGCAAUUUCCUUUUGUAAGAAAUUUGCUUUUGCAGGGUUCAGUACUGGGGUGUUCCCAGGCAAGGCUUUUAUCAUGUCUACCAUCUUUUUUCUGGAUGUAUAGAAUUGAAUGAAUCACUAGGAGUCCUCUGUCUGGAUGUACCUGCAUAUGCUCUGUAAAAAAUAAAUUAACAAAAGCAUGAAAAUUUCACACUAAAUGCACAUGUGGAAGCAUCCCACGAAGCAUCUAGCCGAGGAUUUUAUUGUGCAGUUGCUCUGCCUCAUGCACUAAAUUUUAGAGGGAAUUUAAAUGGUGUCACCUUCCACUAGUAAUCCCUCCCGGGAUUUUUUGCUGCUGCUUCUGUCAUGAUUUUUAUUACAUUAAGAGCUUUUUUACAUGAGGCUGUUCAUUUGCUUCAUCUGUUUUUGGUUUCAUCACAGAACUGAGAUCUGACCACUACUUGAAGAGUAUUUCCUUUCCUGUGUUCCCAUUAUGUAACCUUUAGGUAGCACUGUGCUAUAAUAGAAGAGCACAAAUGCACAAGAGGAUACUAUACUUUUUUCACUUUCACAGUUCAAUGCUGCAUUUUCCCUGCUCUUAAAACACUUACCUGAAAGUGCUGGUUAGACAUGGAUGCAAAACAGGAUGGUUGUGACAUUGUCUAAACACUCCAUAAAGAACUAUGAAUAGGGAAUGAUGAGUACACAAUAAAUCCGUUAUAGAGAAAACCUCAACAUCUCAAAGUUAAAGAGAAAAAGACAGCAAAGCUGUCUAGUGGCUUUUGAUUAGUAAUGCCAGCAGCUGUCCAGCUGGAAAAAAACCUUAGAGAGUUGAAAUUGGCAUGACAGAAGCACCAUUAAUUUUUGUAUACUCAACAGACUGUUUUAAUCUCUCUCUGCACUCCAGACAGUUUUUUGAAACAGCACACCGUUUGAAAGCUUGCUUUGAGAGAGCAAAACUACCUUACCUGGUUAACAAAGAAUCCAUUUGAUUUAUGUUUUCUCUCCUUUUUUAUUAUAAUGACACAUAGGGAAUGUAAAUCUUAUGUCAGCACAUACACAGGAAAUUGAUAACAUGCUCAGAAGAUACCAAAAGAUGGCAAGUGCAGGAAAUGUAGCAGAGAAAACAAUGAAGUUUAUAAGUUCAGUGAGAUAAAAGUUCAGGGUUGCUAUUGCACUAGCUGCUUCCUCCAGUUACUUUUACAAUGAAGGCAAUUUCUCCCUGCUGCUCUCCUGUCUGUUUGAAGAAAAGAGUUUGGAGCUGGUUUUUCUUCUUUGAACUGAACUGCAGUGCCACACUGAUGGUGUAGCCAGGUAAUGGAUCCUGGACCUAAUGGGGCUUUAGAGAGCUAUGCACUUUAAAGGGCUAUACGAAUUGCUUCAUUUGUGAAGCACACCAUUAGUGUAUCUCCCAACUUCACACCACAAAUCCAUGCUGUAUAACUGCUUCUACACCUGUGAUAUGUUGGAGCAAAAGAAUAACAAAAAUGUUUGCCAGCUUUGGUGAAAGAGAAAGAAAAAAAAAAUUAUCACACCUCUCUACUGCAUAAUAGUGAAAACUCUCCGGAAAGCCCACAACAAUUAAAACCCUAAAACACACCAUGAAAAAACAGAAUAGAAAUGUUUACAAUAUCAAACCAAAUAAAAAUAAAAACCAAAAGCAGUACAAAGGUUUAAAAUACAGUAGCAGAUUGUAAGACAUCUGAAAAUGAAAGAAUAAAAUGCCUGGGAAAUUGAAAGGUCUUCAUCUGAUCUUGGUGUAAACACAAGUGGAACCUCUCUGGGGAGGUUAUAGAAACAGAGCGAGUCAGAAGGAGCCUUCUGGGCCAUCUUGUCUGACCCCCAGUUCCAGCCAGCUCCGCUCACGACAUGC